AUGGUGCUGGCGGCCAAGGCACAGGCCAGCGGCGAGACGCGGCGUCAACAUCGAGAACUAUCGGUGCUGCUUCGACUUGAUGAGCGUGAAGUCACCUAUUUGCAGCUAGGCUUCGAAAUUGGCUUCUUGGUCACCCUGGCCACAGCCAUCUUCACCACCAAUCAGUUUUACGCGAACGACAAGGGACUAAUUUACAUUGGCUUCAUCAUUGGCUUUCUCUGCACCGUUGCGUUUGCCAUCAUUGCCACCUAUCAUUAUUGUAUGAACAGGGAGUUAUACCUCCUCUUCCCGGCCAUCUACCUUUGGAUCGGCUCCAGCACCGCAGGACUUGUUCUGGCGCUUGAGCUGCCGUUCUAUAUGCAGAUUCACAUGCUAAUUUUUUUCAGCUUCUUUGCGUAUCGCAUCGGUUGGCUGCUCAUCUCCGUGACCCUGAUGAUAUUAAAAAGCGCAGACCUGAUCGGGAUACCCGGAACGGUUUUGGAGGACGUGCAUGCACCGGAACUAUAUUUUUAUGCCUGGGUUUGGUUGUCACUACAUCUGCUUUAUAUGAUCAGGCUGUCGUCGGUGAUCAUCAUCUACUAUCGAUACAUACGCGAUCGCCAAAUCCUGAUCGAAGCGAAUAGGCCGGCGGCGUAUUACAGAGACCCGGCCACUGAUGAGAGCGCUGUU